AUGGCUCUCCCAGUGGGGCGAAUCGAAAAUGCAUCAUCCGUCCUGGGACCCGUUUCGAACCAGCAGCUCACACAGAGGGAGGAUUUCUUCAAGCUGGGCCCGAAAGAACAGCUGAGCUAUUUCUGCGCAACCAAACUGAGCCGCGCCAUUGCACCGCAAGACAUUGUGUACAUGAGCGACCAGUACGCGCAAGGUUUCCAAUCGGUCGUACGGAUGUGCUGUCUCGAUGGGCAAGAAUUUGCGGGCGAAAUACGUCAAGACAAAGUCAAGGCAGAAGAAGCCGCUGCAGCCCAAGCGAUGCUGGUCUACAAGGCACAAGCUACGCUCCUGAUUGACGUGGCUGUGAAGAAGAGGAAGGCGGUGGCUCCGCCCACAGCUGCCCAACCGGCCCUAGCCAAGAAGAUACGCCUGGAGCCGGGAGUGCUCGGAAUGCCUGGUUGGGUCCCGCAGCAGUCAGCCGACGUGGUUGCAACCAACAAAAUGGAGCUUUCCACUCAUUGCGCGAGGAUCGCGAGGAAAAUCAUGGAGAAGACUGACAUAUGCUUCGAAACAAAAGAAGUUGACGAAGGCGGAUUCCAAGCUAUUCUGAGGUUGAACUGCCUUCCGGGCGUUUGGAGCAGCAGGACCUUUGUUGGACAGGUUUGCAAGAAAAAGGCGGAAGCAGAGCAAAGCACUGCUGGCGUGGCAUUAGCUGCGAUCAAAAAGGAUGCUUUCCUUAUGAGCAAGUUCAACGAGCCCCCGAAAGUGAAGAACAAAGGUCGCGGCAAGGGUUCUUCGAUCAACGCGCCAGCCGUGGUACCACCUACGGUGCAGGGCUUCAGCUACCCCCCGCACUUUCAGGUCCCCAUCCCGGGCAUCCCGCAGACCGGGUUCUGGGGCUGA